CCAAAAUGGCGGAGCGGGCGUUUCCGGUUCCGGGUGGUUCGGGCAGGCCGGGAUCGGGGAAGAUGGCGGCGGCAGCGGCGUCCGGGUGGGGCGGGCUGGGGCGGGCGUGGGUCUUCUCCGGCUGGGCGCUGGGCUUGUGCUCGUUGCUGGCCUCGGGAACGCGGCCCGCCGCCGCCACCACGCACUGGGUGGUCACGGAGGACGGGAAGAUCCAGCAGCAGGUGGAUUCGCCUAUGAACUUGAGGAACCCGCAUGAUUUGGUAAUACUAAUGAGACAAGAAACAACAGUUAACUACCUCAAAGAACUGGAGAAACAGUUAGUUGCUCAAAAGAUUCAUAUAGAGGAAAAUGAGGACAGAGACACAGGGCUGGAACAAAGGCAUAAUAAAGAAGACCCAGACUGCAUUAAAGCAAAGGUGCCCUUGGGGGACCUAGAUCUGUACGAUGGCACGUACAUCACCUUAGAGAGCAAAGAUAUCCGGCCUGAAGACUAUAUAGACACAAAGUCUCCAGUGCCUCCAGACCUGCAGCAGCCAGAUUGUACAAAAGUUCUUGAUCUUCCAUACAGCAUUCAUGCUUUUCAGCACUUACGGGGUGUCCAGGAAAGAGUUAAUCUUUCUGCACCCUUAUUACCUAAAGAAGAUCCAAUCUUCACAUACUUAUCACGGAGGCUGGGAAGAAGUAUAGAGGAAAUAGGUCAUCGUAUUUAUGAUGGGCUAAUGAAGAACUCUUCUUCCUGGGUACUUUAUAAUAUGGCUUCUUUUUACUGGCGAAUAAAGAAUGAACCGUACCAAGUAGUAGAAUGUGCCAUGCGUGCCCUUCAUUUCUCUUCCAGGCAAAAUAAAGACAUUGCAUUGGUAAAUUUGGCAAAUAUUCUGCACCGAGCUCACUUCUCUGCGGAUGCUGCUAUUGUGGUCCAUGCAGCUCUGGAUUACAGUGACUUCUUUACCAGCUAUUACACUUUGGGAAAUAUAUAUGCAAUGCUCGGGGAGUACAACCACUCGGUCCUGUGUUACGAUCAUGCUCUACAGGCCAAGCCAGGGUUUGAGCAAGCUGUGAAAAGGAAGCAUGCUGUACUGUGUCAACAAAAAUUAGAGCAAAAACUGGAAGCUCAGCAUAGAUCACUUCAGCGAACCUUAAAUGAAUUGAAGGAAUAUCAGAAGCAGCAUGACCAUUAUCUUAGGCAACAAGACGUUUUAGACAAAUACAAGCUCAUCCAGGAGGAACAAAUCCUGAGGAACAUAAUUCAUGAGACCCAAAUGGCGAAAGAAGCUCAAUUAGGGAACCAUCAGAUUUGUAGACUGAGCAACCAGCAGCACAGCUUGCACUGCCAGUGGGACCAGCCUGUUCGCUAUCACCGUGGAGACAUUUUUGAAAAUGUGGAAUAUGUUCAGUUUGGUGAAGACUCUUCAACUUCGAGUAUGACAUCUCUGAAUUUUGAUCUUCAUGCAAACCAAAGUGGCCACAGCCAAUCCUUGCAGUCUUCCCCAGUUGCUCGUUCCAUUGUUUCAGUGUGGAGUGUAGAAUCCAAUAGAGACAAACAGCAUCUUCUUUGGCCUCAGCGUUCUGAAUGUAUGAAAUCUUUCCCCAAAAUUCCUGAUCCAGAAGAGCUGCCAACUUAUUUUCUGCCUCCAGAAAAUAGGGGAUUCAGAGUCCAGUCAAUCCUAAAUAUCCCAAGAGAAGCUAUUGGGCAUGAGGACACCCAGGUACCAGAUUGUUCUUCCAUUACCGAUGCUCGUAACAAUGAGUCUCUGUACCUACUCGUCAAAGAACUAGACAGUAAUCUAGAUUUGAAAAUGAAGAUGCCGGAUGAUCAAGCAAGACAAAUCUUGCAUUCUCGAAUCAACAAUCAAGCUAUUACACAGGAGAAGAUGGAAGCAUUUCUUGAUCAUGCUAUGAAAAAGCCUCAAGAUCCUCUAUGGCUUGUGCUUAAUGAAGCUGGAUUGUACUGGCGUGCAAUUGGAAAUAGCACCUUUGCUGUCACCUGUUUGCAAAAAGCAUUUAAUUUGGCUCCACAUGAAUAUCAGGACAUCCCUCUGGUCAAUCUUGCUAACCUCUUGAUCCAUUAUGGUCUUCAUUUGGAUGCCAGCAGGCUCUUGCUUCAGGCUUUGGCCAUCAAUGCCUCUGAGCCCCUGACUUUUUUGAGCCUGGGAAAUGCUUAUCUGGCUCUGAACAACAUUAGUGGAGCCCUACAGGCCUUCAGACAUGCACUGGAUUUGACUACCAAGUGUUUGGAGUGUGAAAGCAGCCUGAAAAUGAUCCGCUGUCUGCAGUUCUAUCCUUUUCUCUACAACAUCACCUCUUCUGUAUGCAGCGGUCACUGUCAUGAGAAGAGUCCAGAAGAUAAUCAUGACAAGGAGAAAUACUUUGAUGACCACCAUGAGUCAGUCACAGAAAUGGCAGAAGGACACUCUGGAAGAGGUACAGAAGAUACAGAAAUCCUUACUCAGCGUUCAGUAAGAGAUCCCUCCAUCUUGAGACUGGAAAACACUGUUACUGCAGAAAGCAAUGAUUCAGAAGGAGUGGAGAGUUUAGAAGAUGAUCAGAUGUCUGAAGAGAUGCUGGCUUUGGUGGAUGAGUUUGAAAACUCAUGGCCUCAAGAAGCUUUUGAAGGGGCGCUGGAGGUAAAAGGUCGUCGAAUGGACUUACAGGGCAUCCGUGUCCUAAAGAAGGGAGCUCAGGAUGGCCUGGCAAGCUCCUGUUUUGGAGACUGUGGUGAUGAUGAUGAAGCCGAAUGGAUCACUUUUCAGGUCAAACGUUUAAAGAAACCAAAAGCUGAUAGCUUGGAUCUCCAGGAGCCAAAUGGGAGAAAUGGAGAAGAAGGGACUAAUGGAGAAAACGAAAACUUCUACCAAACUGCCUUGGAGAUCAGUGGACCAAAGAUACCUUCUCCUGGACCAAUAGGAAAGAAGCAUGACUAUCGUAGCCUUGGGUGGCCGAGUCCUGAUGAAUGUUUGAAACUCCGUAGGGUAGAGCUCACAACUGUGGCCAGCACAUGGCUCGCUGUUUCUGCUAAAAACAUUGACAUUACAGAACACAUUGAUUUUGCAACACAGCUGCAAGAACCAGCCAUGGAGCCCCUUUGUAACCCCAAUCUGCCAGCUAGUAUGCAUACCUUGGACCACCUGCAAGGUGUCUCCAGUCGAGCAAGCCUGCAUUACACUGGAGAGAGUCAGCUUAAAGAGGUGCUACAGAAUCUUGGCAAAGACCAGUACUCACCACAGUCAUUAGAACAAGUUGGUACUCGAAUAGCCAAAGCUCUGGAAAAGAAUCAGACUUCAUGGGUCCUCUCUAGCAUGGCAGCUCUCUACUGGAGGGUGAAGGGCCAAGGAAAGAAGGCGAUUGAUUGUUUACGGCAAGCAUUACACUAUGCACCCCAUCACAUGAAGGAUGUACCACUAAUAAGCCUGGCAAACAUCUUCCACAACGCCAGACUUUGGAAUGAUGCUAUCAUUGUGGCUACCAUGGCAGUGGAAAUAGCACCGCACUUCGUGGUUAAUCAUUUCACACUGGCGAAUGUCUAUGUAGCAAUGGAAGAGUUUGAAAAGGCGAUGAAAUGGUAUGAGUCAACAUUAAAACUUCAGCCGGAGUUUGCCCCAGCAAAGAAUCGAAUCCACACCAUUCAGUGUCAUUUACUUAUGAAAAAAGAGCGACGGUCUCCAUAGAGAUUGGUGUUUCUUCUCUUUUUUCCUUCUUUUUUUUUAAAAGCCAUUCUUCACUACUCUGCUUUUAAGUGUGCUAAGAUAAAUUGAUGAAUCAAAAUUUUUAACAAGACUUUUGAAAAGAGAUGGGAUUUGGAUCAAGGGUUCUUUUAUCUUUUCUCAGAUAUAGAGGCAUCUUUGGAAAACGUUUCACAGACAAUAAUUUUUAAACAUCCAUGUAAAUAUUAAACCAAGGAAGUUCCAUGAGUCCAUAACCACUUGUACCAGGACCCAGGCACCGUUAGUUUCUCCUUAAUGCUCAGAUUGGCAUUCAGCGUCCAAAAUGACUUGCUUCAUGUCUUAUAAUCUAGGUCAAUAGAAAUGCAAAGCACACACCCAUGCCAGAUAGUAAGAAGAGAUAAUCAGCAGUUCAUCCAUGUGAAACUCCUGCUUUGUCCAGUCCUGUUUACUCCAUGCAACAUUGCCUGCUUUUUGGGAAGGAGAGGCACAGAAUUUCAAACAUUUAUUUAGAAAACAAAAUAAAAAGGAGUUAGGAACAUCUAGCAUUUUUUGAAUUAUUUCUUUCUGGUGGAGAUGAGAGAAUGAAGGGUGGGGAACAGCAGGACUCUGAAGUCAGUGUUUUUUUAAUCUUAUUUGCAGGGAAAAAGAAAAAGAAAAAAAAAGAGUAGAAAUCCCAAUAAGAUGUUUUAUAUUUGUCUGUAUAUUCAUAGCCCUCUGCCUCCCUGAAUGGUUGUUUUACUGAUUCUUUGUUCACUGUAUUUCUAGUCAUUUCAGAGUAAGGUGCAAGUUUCUGCUCCCUCUGAGCCAUACUUUCAGCAGCUGAGGAGGAGCAGGGAGGCAUUGUCAAGGUAUCAUGAGCAAAUGAGUCAGGUGGAGGAUUUCCAAAUCAGUUCUCUCUUUGUUUGGUGGAGGACGUGAUUCUCCAUACAUCAUUGUUGAAUUAACAAGGGCACAUAUUUGAAAUAAAUUGUUUAUGAACAAAACAUGGCUUCUCCUCUAAUCUGGUGUCACGCGCCAUUUGAAGGAAACUAGAGUUGGGGAACUGCUGCAUCUGUUUUGGAGCACGCAGAGCUGGGAGUUGACACAGCCUUUAACAUUCUUAGAUAAUAGUUUGCUACGUAUCCAUAGAAAACUUCUCACCCCUCUUUCAGUGACAGAAAUUUAGAGCCAAAAUGGCACUGGUGGAACCGAUGGACAUCAAUGUAAUUUUUGUAAUUUACUGUAGCUUUUCAGUUCAUAAAAUGAUCCCUGA